AUGCUCAGCUGCCCACUGCUGAAACUGCCCCUGCCGGGGACAGGACCGGUGGAGUUCACCACUCCUGUGAAGGACUACUCACCCCCGCCUGUGGCCCCUGACCGCAAACCAGGGGAGCCCAGUGAGCGGCCAGAGUGGUAUGUGGGCGCCCCCGUGGCUUACAUCCAGCAGAUAUUUGUGAAGUCCUCGGUGUCUCCCUGGCACAAGAACCUGCUGGCGGUGGAUGUGUUCCGUUCUCCUCUGUCCCGGGCAUUCCAGUUGGUGGAAGAGAUCCGGAACCACGUGCUGAGAGACAGUUCUGGGACCAGGGGCCUGGAGGAGGUGUGCCUGCAGGUGACUGACCUGCUGCCAGGCCUCAGGAAGCUCCGGAACCUACUUCCCGAGCAUGGAUGCCUGCUGCUGUCCCCUGGGAACUUCUGGCAGAAUGACCGGGAACGCUUCCAUGCUGAUCCUGACAUCAUCGGGACCAUCCACCAGCACGAGCCCAAAACCCUACAGACCUCAGCCACACUCAAAGACUUGCUGUUUGGUGUUCCUGGGAAGUACAGCGGGGUGAGCCUCUACACCAGGAAGAGGAUGGUCUCAUACACCAUCACCCUGGUCUUCCAGCGCUACCAUGCCAAGUUCCUGGGCAGCCUGCGGGCCCGCCUGAUGCUCUUGCACCCCAGCCCCAACUGCAGCCUGCGGGCGGAGAGCCUGGUCCACGUGCACUUCAAGGAGGAGAUUGGCAUCGCCGAACUCAUCCCCCUCGUGACCACCUACAUCAUCUUGUUUGCCUACAUCUACUUCUCCACACGCAAGAUCGACAUGGUCAAGUCCAAGUGGGGGCUCGCUCUGGCUGCCGUGGUCACAGUGCUCAGCUCGCUGCUCAUGUCCGUGGGGCUCUGCACACUCUUCGGCCUGACACCCACCCUCAACGGCGGCGAGAUUUUCCCCUACCUUGUGGUGGUUAUUGGGUUAGAGAACGUGUUGGUGCUCACCAAGUCAGUGGUCUCGACCCCGGUGGACCUGGAGGUGAAGCUGCGCAUCGCCCAAGGCCUAAGCAGUGAGAGCUGGUCCAUCAUGAAGAACAUGGCCACGGAGCUGGGCAUCAUCCUCAUUGGCUACUUCACCCUGGUGCCCGCCAUCCAGGAGUUCUGUCUCUUUGCCGUUGUGGGCCUGGUGUCGGACUUCUUCCUUCAGAUGCUGUUUUUCACCACUGUCCUUUCCAUUGACAUUCGCCGGAUGGAGCUAGCGGACCUGAACAAGCGGCUGCCCUCGGAGGCCUGCCUGCCCCCAGCAAAACCAGUGGGGCGGCCAGCACGCUUCGAGCGGCAGCUGGCUGUGCGGCCCUCCACACCCCACACCAUCACACUGCAACCGUCCUCCUUCCGAAAUCUGCGGCUCCCCAAGAGGCUGCGCGUCAUCUACUUCCUGGCCCGCACCCGCCUGGCACAGCGCCUUAUCAUGGCCGGCACCGUCAUCUGGAUCGGCAUCCUGGUGUAUACAGACCCAGCAGGGCUGCGCACCUACCUUGCUGCCCAGGUGACAGAACAGAGCCCGCUGGGCGAGGGCGCCCUGACUCCCAUGCCUGUGCCUAGUGGCGUGCUGCCCGCCAGCCACCCGGACCCUGCCUUCUCCAUCUUCCCGCCUGAUGCCCCUAAGUUACCGGACAACCAGACGUUGCCUGGAGAGCCGCCUGAGCCUGGGGGCCCAGCAGAGGGCGCCCAUGACAGCCCUGUCCCGGAGGUAACGUGGGGGCCCGAGGAUGAGGAACUCUGGAGGAAGCUGUCCUUCCGCCACUGGCCUACGCUCUUCAGCUACUACAACAUCACGCUGGCCAAGAGGUACAUCAGCCUGCUGCCCGUCAUCCCGGUCACGCUGCGCCUGAACCCCAGGGAGGCCCUGGAGGGGCGGCACCCUCAGGACGGCCGCAGCGCCUGGCCCCCGCGACGGCCCGGGCAGUACAACAGCUUCUUGCUUAAGAACUGA